CUCCAGUGCCCCAAACAUUGUCGCCGCGCCGUCACCAUCACCCCUCACCUUCCAUAUAAUAUUUCCUCUUACUCGCCGUCGAUACCGAAUCACUCAGUAGAACUCACGACUUCGCACGCAACGACCACACAACAACCCCGCCACCAUGUCUAGCGGAGAGGUGCUCAAGGCGGAGAAGGACUUCUCCAAGGAGGCCGACGUCCAGAUUCCAGAGGCCGAGAAGCUUGGAUCCAGCAACCCACAAGCUGCUAUCGACCAGCUGCUGCCACUUGAGAAGAAGACACGCCAGGCUUCAGAUCUUGCGUCCACCUCUCGAAUCAUCAUCGCCAUCGUCACAAUAGCCAAGAAGGCAAAUGACUGGAACCUCAUGAAUGAGCAGGUGCUUCUGCUCUCGAAGAAGCAUGGACAGCUCAAGCAGGCAACCACGAAGAUGGUUCAGACCGUCAUGACCUUCCUCGACGAUACUCCCAACCUCGACACAAAGCUCUCCGUCAUCGAGACGCUGCGGACAGUGACUGAGGGCAAGAUCUUCGUCGAAGUCGAGCGCGCCCGCAUUACAAGGAUAUUGUCCGACAUCAAGAAGGAGCAGGGUGACAUCAACGCGGCUACAGACAUCCUCUGCGAGCUUCAAGUGGAGACCUUCGGCUCCAUGACCCGACGAGAGAAGACCGAAUUCAUCCUACAACAAGUCGCACUUUGCAUACAAAAGGGUGACUGGACACAGGCCGGCAUUCUGAGCAGGAAGAUCAGCACACGGUACUUCCAACGCAGGCCAAAAAAGUCGCCUGAGCAACUGGAGAAGGAGCAGAAGGAGCGUGAAGAGAAGGAGAAAACCCGCAGUGCAGACGACCCGCCAAUCGAACCUGAGGACGAUGUCACAGACCUCAAGUUGAGGUACUAUGAGCAACAGAUCACUCUCGCGAAGCACGACGACAAAUACCUCGAGGUCUGCAAGCACUACCGACAGGUGCUGGACACCGAAGCCGUCGAGGAGGACCCUAAGAAGCUUCGAGCGAUCCUCCAGCGCGUCAUCUACUUCAUCAUCCUCGCACCGUACGACAACGAGCAGUCCGACCUCAUCCACCGCAUCCAGCGCGACACGCGCAACUCGCAGAUCCCACAAGACGCACAACUCGUCAAGCUCUUCACCAUCCCCGAGCUAAUGAGGUGGCCUAUGGUUUCGAAGCAGUUCGGACCCCACUUGACCGACACAGACGUUUUCGAUGCAGAGAAGGACGACUCGGACGACGAGAAGGCAUUCAAGAGGUGGCAGGACCUGCGAAAGCGCGUCAUUGAGCACAACGUGCGCGUCGUUGCCAAGUACUACACACGCAUUCAGAUUCCUCGCCUGACCGAGCUCCUGGACCUGACAGAGGACGAGACCGAAAAGUAUAUCAGCGAGCUGGUCACCGCAAAGACCAUCUACGCCAAGAUCGACCGACCAGCACGCAUCGUCACUUUCUCCAAGCCACGCGACUCGGAUGACAUUUUGAACGAGUGGAGCGGGAACAUGAAGAGCCUGCUCGGCUUGCUGGAGCGCGUCGACCAUCUCAUCACUAAAGAGGAGAUGAUGGCGCGCAUCCAGCCGACGAAAGUUGACAAGAAGGCAGCCAAGGGCAAGGCGAAAUGAGUGAUGAAGACGAUGUGAUGAAGAAUCAUGGUUAGUCUAGAAUUGGAAGGCCGUCUAUAGUCGCCUUCGCGCAUGCAUUGCGCAUGUAAUAUAGACAUCUAAGCAGAUAAUA